AUGUUAUUUUUAUUAAUUACCAUUGUAUUGUCUAAGGAAGAUCAAAGCAUCAGGAUUUCACAGAGUUGUGCCACUUAUCUCACUGGUUAUUUUUGGAAUGGACAAUAAUGUAUUUAAUGUAAACAGCCCUCUUGUAAAUGCUAAAAGUCGCAAGGUUGUGAUACAUGUUUGAAUUAAUACUACUAUGAUUCAACUGCAUAAACUUGUACUCCUUGUCCCAAGGGAUGCAUCAAAUGCUGUAAAUCGGAUGAGUUGACGUAAUACAUCUGCACACUCUGUCUAAAUGGCUAUAUUAUGAUAAAUGGAGUAUGUCUCAAAGUUGAUGCAUGCACCCAAAUUUCAAUUCAUGGCAGAUGUCAAAAAUGUAUAGAUAAGUACUUUCUCUAAGAGAGCUGUUAAGCAUGUCCAGAAGGAUGCUCAGCUUGUGAUUCAAAGUAUUAUUGCACUGUUUGUGAUGAUGGUUAUUACUUGGCCAUUAAUGAAUAAAGUGUGAGUUGUUUGACUUGUAAUCCUGAAGAAGAUCGGGAGGGAUGCAAAUCAUGUGUUUUAGAUUCAAAGUAAUUGAUUUGUUUAGAUUGUCUUGAUACUUAUUAUUUUGAUCAAGAAAACGACAUAUGUCUGAAAUGUCCAGUUGGCUGUUUCACAUGUCAAAACCCUAGUCAACUUCCACAGAUUUGUUAUACCUGUCUAACAGGUUAUUUAUUAGCUGCUGAUGAUUCCUAUUGCGAGAAUUGUCAAUAGUAAAUUCCAAAUUGUAUGAAAUGUUCUACUAAUGAAAGAAGUAGGAAUUUCUAGUGUGUAGAUUGCAACAAUGGAUAUUAUUUAACACAGGAUUCAAAAUCUUGCUAGCCUUGUAAUAAUGGCAGCAACAACUUCAGGAGAUGCGAAUCACUUACUCAUCCUACUUAAUGUAGUGUUGGAUAUCUACUCUUUCAAAAUUCCAAUAGUUAUACUUGUGUUUUAAAUACACAUUCUUGUUACACCAUUGAUAAUAUAUAAGGUCAAUGCAAAGACUGCAAUUUUGGGUUUAAUCUAGUCUUAGACACCUCCUUGUAAAUGAGUGUCUGCAAAAACUGCACAGAAAACAUCAAAAAUUGUAUCACUUGCGAUGUUGAUAAUAGCAGACAACUCAUCUGUAAAGAAUGCAUUGAUGGUUACUAUGGUAAUCUUUGUGUGUAAUGUACAUCCAAUUGUAAAAAAUGUUUAAACGAAUCGCAAUGCCUAACUUGUUCAUCUGGUUAUUAUCUGGAUGACUCAAAUAAAUGUCAAAGUUGUGAGGUUAGUUUUUGUAUGGAAUGCACUAAAUUAAAGGAAUGCGCAAGGUGUGAAAACAACUAUGGUCUCUCUGAAUCAAUUUGCAAACCGUGUUUGUCUGGUUGUCAAAAUUGCGAUGGAAAUUUGGAAAAAUGUAAUGUUUGCAGUGAUAAAUACUAUUUGACUGCUACUGACAAUAACUGCAAAAGAUAUAAAGAAAAUUGUUUGGCUACAAAUGUCAACGGGUAUUGCUACCUUUGUGAAACUCAGAUUACCUAUGAUUAAUCACAGGAUCGUUUUUACGAUGAGGGCGAAGAGACUCCAAUAUUCGAUGAGCAAGCAGAUAGUUAAUUUUAUAUUAGCAACAAUGGUUAUUGUUUAAAAUGCAAUGAUUAUGUAACUGGAUCAUUUAAUUGUCCAUAAAUUUGCAAAGUCGAUGAAGAAUUUGCAUCACAUCUUUUACCCGCCAUAUUGAUUUUAUUAAUAUUUUAAUGA